AGGGGCGAGGGGACCCGCGCCGCGAGUUGGGGGACUUGGAGGCGCCCGGCACAGUGGCCGCGAGAGGCUUCGCCGCCGCCGAAGCUCCCGGGGCGCCGAGGGGAGCGCGCGCCGGCCCUCCAGGAAGCUCGAGCCCCGGCAGGACUGCGGCUGCAGCGAGGAGGAAAGGAGCCAGCCGGGCCUUGGGCAUUGGAGCCAGCCUACCGCACCCUGCGCCCGAGGCCGCGCUUGUCCUGAAGACCGUGCGCAGCGACGGCCCCUACGACACCCAAAGGCCCGCGCCCCACACCCGCGCGCGCCCAGGCACCACCCGUAGGCGCUCGGGACCUCCAGGCCCUGGGGUGGAUUCGGCUCCUCCUCCACCACCUCUGGGAACAACCGAAAAUUCAAUUUGGGAUUUUCCUGAGUCCACAAGAGCCUAGAGUCUUUUGCUCAAUGCUGGAUUUAAUACGUAUAUAUUUUUGAGGGAUUUGUUUUUUUACCUUUGAUUUUUGAUCUUCGUUUUUGUGACAGUCUCUCAUCUGUACAUCAUUAUUGUUAUUGUUAUUAUUUUCUCUUCCCGCUUUGCUCCUUAACCUGCGCGUGAGCGAGAGGACUCAGAAGCCGAGAGCUCGCAGGGGCGAUGUACCAGAGCCUGGCCAUGGCCGCCAACCACGGCCCCCCUCCGGGGGCCUACGAGGCGGGCGGCCCCGGCGCCUUCAUGCACAGCGCGGGCGCGGCGUCCUCGCCGGUCUACGUGCCCACGCCGCGGGUGCCCUCCUCGGUGCUGGGCCUCUCUUACCUCCAGGGCGGAGGCGGGGGCGCCGCGGCCGGAGCCACCUCGGGCGGCAGCUCCGGGGCGGCCGCCGCAGCCCGGGAAGCCGCGGCCUACAGCACUGGCGGCGGGGCGGCGGGCACGGGCCUCACCGGCCGCGAGCAGUACGGGCGGGCCGGCUUCGCGGGCUCCUACUCCAGCCCCUACCCAGCCUAUAUGGCCGACGUGGGCGCGUCCUGGGCCGCGGCCGCCGCCGCCUCCGCCGGUCCCUUCGACAGCCCGGUCCUCCACAGCCUGCCCGGCCGGGCCAACCCCGCCGCCCGACACCCCAAUCUCGAUAUGUUUGAUGACUUCUCAGAAGGCAGAGAAUGUGUCAACUGUGGGGCCAUGUCCACCCCACUCUGGAGGCGGGACGGGACAGGGCACUACCUGUGCAAUGCCUGCGGCCUCUACCACAAGAUGAAUGGGAUCAACCGGCCCCUCAUCAAGCCCCAGCGCCGGCUGUCCGCCUCUCGCCGAGUGGGCCUCUCUUGUGCCAACUGCCAGACCACCACCACCACGCUGUGGCGCCGCAACGCCGAGGGUGAGCCCGUGUGCAAUGCCUGCGGCCUCUACAUGAAGCUCCAUGGCGUCCCCAGGCCUCUUGCGAUGCGGAAAGAGGGGAUUCAGACCAGAAAACGGAAGCCCAAGAACCUUAAUAAAUCUAAGACACCAGCAGGUCCCUCGGGCAGUGAGAGCCUUCCUCCCACCAGCAGCGCUUCCAGCAACUCCAGCAACGCGGCCACCAGCAGCAGUGAAGAGAUGCGCCCCAUCAAGACAGAGCCCGGGCUGUCGUCCCACUAUGGGCACAGCAGCUCCAUGUCCCAGACGUUCUCGGUCAGUGCGAUGUCUGGCCACGGGCCCUCCAUCCACCCGGUCCUCUCAGCCCUGAAGCUCUCCCCACAAGGCUACGCGUCUUCUGUCAGCCAGUCACCGCAGGCCAGCUCCAAGCAGGACCCUUGGAACAGCCUGGCCUUGGCUGACAGUCACGGGGACAUAAUCACUGCGUAAUGUCACCUCCUUCCCUCCUCAGAUUCCUGCACAGACUUGGGACUUGGAGGACAGCAGAGAGGAGGCUCGGGGCUCCCCGGGGCCAGCCUGCUCUGUCUGGGAAUGACUCCAGAAGAACAACUGGGAAGAAACUUGAAGUCGACGAUUUGGUUAGGGGAGGUGGGUGUUGGAUUUUAUCGGAUACCUUUCCAAGGUGGGGAACUGAAAGAGCCCAGACUCUGAUUGGGAAGAGCCCACCCUUCACUACGAGCACACUUAAUUCCCUUCCGUGGAGUUAGAGAUUUCUUUCUUGUUUUCUGUCCUGUCCUGCCCUGCCCCCGACAAGAGAUGAGAUGUCCUUCUCCCCUACCUUUCCACCACUGUGGCCAAGGUGGUGGCUUUUCCAUGGUGUUCCCAGCACCAGGGAGCUGAGGGCGAGUGGAG